ACUCAAAUAUCCCUCAAAUCUGAUGUCUCCAACUCUCCAGUCCAAAAAUACUUUCCUAUAUUACUUGCUCUGUGUUACCUAGCUGUUUUUAAUCGUGUACAAUAAAACGUAAAUUAAAUUUUAAAUAUAAGUGCAAGUAUUUAUCAUGUCUAAUUUUACUACCGACGCACAAUUGUGUAUAGAGCGAGAAUUGGAGCUCCCAAACAUAUAUAAUGAUUUUACAGACAUAAAUACACAAUUCCACAUAAGUGAGACUUGUAAAUGGAUUAACGAGCAUAAUUAUACAAAGGUGUGCCUACAAUUUCCUGAUGAAUUACUCGGAUUAAGCGCUAGCAUUUAUGAGGAAUUGAAGAAAGAGACCACUGCUGAUCUUUACAUAUUGGGUGAUACAUCGUAUGCAAGUUGUUGUGUAGAUGCUGUUGCUGCUUUGCAUGUACAAAGUGAUGCCAUAAUACACUAUGGACACACCUGCUUCAGUAAAUCCAACAUUCCAGUAUAUUUAGUGCUGAAUGAGACCCCUUUGGAUGUGGCCAAAACAUUAAACACUCUGAAACAAGAUAUCAACUUGGCUUCACAAACUGAUAUAUGCCUUUUCUAUGAUUGUGGUUUUGAACAUUUGAAAGAUGAACUAGCUGAGCAUUGGUUCCUACUCUAUCCAACAGGGUUCAUUGCUUACAUAGAUAUGAAAAAUGAAUCAAACCAUAAAUUUUUUGGAAGAGUUGUUAAAAAUAAAGAUAAUGAAGAAUUUUCUAGUGAUAAACUAAAAGACUGCAUUUGCGUCUAUAUUGGUUCCAGAGGACAGACUUUCUUUAAUUUCUCUGUUUCAAUACCAGCUCAAAAGUGGUACAUACUGGACCCAACCACAAAUCAAAUUGACAUUGUAAAUGAGACAGCCUGGUUCAAGAGACGGAGGCAUUUAGUUGAGAAGUGCAAGGAUGCUAAUGUAGUUGGUAUCCUGAUAUGCAAACUAGCUGGAGAGGAAACUAAAGAUAUUAUAACCAGAAUGAAGCAACUGUGUAAAGCAAAUGGGAAGAAGAGCUACAUUGUGUCCGUUGGUAAACCUAAUGUACCAAAACUGGCUAACUUCCCUGAGAUUGACAUCUAUGUUAUGAUUGCCUGUCCAGAAAAUGACCUUUACAACUCACGUGACUUCUACAAACCUCUCGUAUAUCCAUAUGAGUUGGAAGUGGCUCUUAACACUAACAGGGAUCCAUAUUUCACGACACAUAUAACAGAUUAUGACCAAUUAUUACCAGGUAGAAAGCAUUACUGCGAUAUAAAUGAAGUUGUCGAAGGUACAGAUGUAAGUCUGAUCACUGGGAAGAUAAGGGAAACUAAACUCACGAAUGCAACUGGCAGCAAUGAAUUAGCGGAAAAACAAAACUGGGAACUGGAAAGCAUUGGACAAAAUCUGCAAAACAGAUCAUGGAAGGGUCUAGAACAAAAAUUGGGCGAAACAGAAGUAAAAACAGUCGAACAGGGCCGUAAAGGAAUUCCUCUACAAUACAAUAAUGAACCGGAGUGAUUUUAAAAACAUUUAUUUUUAUUUACAAUGCCGUACAAAUAAAUGUUUUAAGAUUUUCAAUAAAUUAUUUUUUCUAUUUUUCA